CUCGCGGUCUCUUAUAUUCCGCAGGCAGCCCACACACUGCGCCGUCCAGGGUGAAAUGCGAGUCGAAACGCUGCGCCGCCAGCUAGUGCUCGUAUUGGCAGCCGCACCACGGAGUGAUGUGUCCCUUUACAUGGCUCUGUGGUCCGGACACCGGUUAGGGGCGAGUGCGGAUGCCUUUGGCUGGCACGCUCAGCUACCAGACGAUACGGGACGAAGACGUGUGGCCGGCCGUCGCUGUCGCUGCUGCAUUCGGGGUCUUUCUGCCGCAUCUCUCCACACACGCCACGACCGAAGCUGUUCCUCGAGCUGCCCUUCCUCUUGUUGCUGGGUGCUGAUACUGCGCGGGUCAGCCAAUGUGUGACACCCUCCUUGGAUCUGGGCAUUCAGCGUGACAUGGAAUCUGUUCAGCUCGCUGAUCAGACUCGGAUGCACACUCGCAAACGACGAGUUGUCCGCAAACGGCUGCUUGGGCGAAUGCGAUAAUAAGCACCCACAAAGUGGAUCUUCGGCCGGCUAAGCUCUUUUUGUCAGAGGAUGCGUAUUCCCGCUGAAGGAUUGACAGCU